UUUCAAUUUUCUUUCCUUUUCAGUUCUCACCACUUUGAUUCUCUCUCUUCUCUUAGAAGCUUAUUAAACUUCAAUUCAUUUGAGAAGAAUCGGAAAGCAAACCCUAACCAUAACCAGGGGAAGGGGUAGAGAGAGUGUGUGAAUCGUUAUAUUUUCUAGCCGGCGAUAGAGGUCCUGGUUAGCCGUCACGGCUGAUGUUUCCCGCAGCCGUAGAUUUCCAGAAGCCAUUCACUUCGACUAAAGAAGCAGCAUCAUGCAAGCAGACAUCGGCUACUUCACAAAACCCUAACCCUAGUAAUCAUUUUCAUUUCAGUACAGUGGAGGCGGCGUCAUCGCAGAUUCAUCCAGUGGCUGCUGCAAAAUGGAGUUUUGACAACAGAAGUGGAGACUGCUUUGAUCCUGGAUUAUCUUCAGCAUCAUCAGCUCCCAGAAUAAAUCCCAAGAAGCCUGGCAUUUCCUUGGCUUCCAAUCGUUCCAGGCUGAGAUCGUUGAAGUCCGGCAGAGGACUAGGUUUUCAUCUACCAAAGUCUGAUUCAUCGUUUUUUGUAUCCAAUGAUUCCAAGGAGAAUGGUUCAUCGACUAACGAUGUCAAGUUUGGCAAUGUUAGUGAUGUGGCUUUUGUGUUUGGUGCUAGUAAGGAAAACUGGAGCUCUCAUCGCAAUUCCAACUGUAAAGAAUACAGUGGAAGUGCAGGACAAUCUACUCAGAUUAACAGUAAGUCAAUGUCUAACCUGAACUUCAAAAAUCAAGUUGAUGGAAGUGUGAGAGAAAUGGGAAUGAAUGGGGAAUCAGAUUCCCGAAAUGUAGGUUUUGUUUUUGGUGCUAAUAAAUUCAGUGAAUCUCGAAACGUGAAUAUGGAGCAUAACAAAUCUAAUGGAGGUGGAUUGCAAAUGAAUGCAAAUGAAUCUUUCCAGAAAUCUAAAUCUGUCUUUGGUACUGGUAGAAGUACUUUGGACGAGAGAGUAUAUUUUAAUGAUGGAGAUUCAGGAGUUAAAUCUAAAAACAGUAACUCCUCAUUGGAUUCUGAAUUUGGGAUGAGACUACAAAAUGACAAGAUUAAAGUGGAUGCAGGUGAAAAGUUGGAACUGAGAACAUCAUAUGCAAAUGAGAAAAAACUGCACAAGCAGGAGAUCAAUACAUCUGAAAACUGGGGAUAUGUUUUUGGUGACGGCAAGAGUUCCAGGUCACAGGGUUCUAAACAAAGUCAAUGCAGCGGAAGUGAAGUGAAAUCUGAAUCUUGUGAAUUGGAUGCAGGACCAAAUUUGCAUUUGCACCAAUGUGGAUUUGGUAUCAACAUUAAGAAUGGGGUUCAGAGCUCGAAAUUUGGUUCUGCUUUUACUGAUGAGAGCAGCGCUGUGCCAAAAUCUACAUUGGGUCAUAACAGUCAUAUCAAUAACAUAAACAAGCCAAACCAUAGCUCUGGAAAUUGCACUGGGUCUUCUCAGGCUUAUGCUGUUAACUUAGAUCCUCACAUAGGUAAUGGACAUGGUUUUGUGUUUGGAUCAAGCUCACUGUACAAUCUCUCCCAUGAUAUGAAGAAACUCAGCGUAGAUGAUGUACAAAAGGCUGGUUCAUGUCCAAGCUCAAGUAGCACGAGUGAACCAUUUGUUAGUGUCUCCACCAAGCCAUUUAUUUUUCAAGCUAGUUACAGUAAAGGUUCUGAUGGAUCUCAGUUUCAAAUGCAAAAUGAUUCAAAGUUGGAGCAAACUACUAGGAGCUCCAUAUCAAAGGAAGGGCAUAAUCCUGGAUCUUCUUGCUCAAGAGGAGUUAAGAACAAUGAUCAGUCCAACUUCACAAGUCUGUUGUCUGGACUGACAUCAUCCAUUGACUUUGGGAAACCAAAUCCAAAUGGAUCUUCCACUUUCAAUCUGAACUAUUGUCCAGGUCUAGAUAAAACCAGGGGAAAUGCAAAAUUUAGAUCGGACAAGGGCCGAGGAUAUAAGAAGAAUAGAAAGGGUUUUAUGCAGGCUGAUCCAGUUCACAAUAAUGUGUCAAACCAAGGUUCACAAUCACCAAAUUCUUAUCCCUGUGGUUCACCUAUGGAUUAUUCUCCAUAUCGUUCUGACAAUUGUGCCUCUUUCUCUGAGAAUACUAUGAAUCCUAUGCAUGCAAAGUCUGAAGAGAAGGUUGUCAAUGACAACAUCACUUCUGAUGAUUCAAAUGCAAAGAUAAAAGAAGGUGAAUGUCAAGAGCAGUUCUAUUUUCUGGGUAAAAGUUUUAUGUUCUCUGCACCAUGUACAGAACUUGGUGGUCCUGCAAGAAAGAUUCGUACACGGAGGAAAAAUGGUUUGAGAGGUUACAGUGGUAAGCAACAUUCUACUCCAAUUCACACAAUCAACAUGACUUCUUCCUCAGUACAGUUCUCGCCUUCAACAUUUACGUCAACUGUUUCUAAGCAUUCAAAAGAUGCAGAUUUAGCGACUGCAGUUGAUGCUAAUAUUAAGAAAAAUGAACAGGAGUGCCAUAAGACCUAUGAGGAAGUUCCCAGGCACCAUUCCUCUAUUUUAUCAGAAACUACUUCUGUUCAGGAUCCUUUUAUUGGUUCUGAAACCGAAAGCAUUAAGAGUGAUCCUUUUAUCACCAAAACUGAUGUGAAUCCUGACAUUACAAAUGAAAAAGAUAAGCAUAGACGACAACACUCUUUUACUUCAAGUGUGCAAGAUUUUGACAAACAGAAAAAUGCAUUUUCUGUAUUCACUGAUGAUAACUUUGGCUCACAAAAUCCACGAGUUCUGAAGAAAUAUAGGGCCAAAGUUGGGAAUAGUGCAAAAUAUAAGGGGAUAGGACAACCUUCUGUUUCCAGCAUGGAUGACACUGGUGAAAAAUGUAUUUUGUUCCCUCCAGCUGUUGCCCAAGACAACCCUGCCUCAAUGAAGCCACAAGCCCAGAAGAAAGAUGGUGCUAAAGAUAGUCGUGGUGGCAGUAGUACGAGAAUAGAAGAGAGUGUGCAUGUCAGAAAGGGACCUGAUGCAGAAAUUCAAGCAGCAUGUGAAAAAUGGCGUAUCAGGGGAAAUCAAGCAUAUGGAGCAGGUCAUAUGUCUAGAGCAGAGGAGUUCUACACCAAUGGUAUUAAUUCUGUUCCUCCAUCCAAGGCAAGAGGAUAUUGCUGUGAACUUCUUGUUCUGUGUUACAGCAACCGUGCUGCGACACGAAUGUCUCUUAAUAGACUGAGAGAGGCUUUAGAGGACUGCAAAAUUGCAACUGAAUUCGAUCCUCACUUUCUCAAAGCUCAAAUUCGUGCUGCAAAUUGCCAUCUUGCUCUGGGGGAAGUUAAGGAUGCCAUGAAAUUAUUCGAAAGCUGUUUGGAAUCUGGAAAGAAUGUCUGUUUGGAUAGGCGAUUAAUCAUAGAUGCUGCUAAUGGUCUUCAGAAGGCUCAGAAAGUGCUAGAAUGGACAGAUUCAUCUGCUGAACUUUUGCGACCUAGGUACCCAAAUUCUGCUGUCAGUGCUUUUGAAAUGAUUUCUCAGGCAUUAUCAGUGUCUGCUCACUCUGAGAAGCUACUAAAAAUGAAGGGAGAAGCUCUUUUCAUGCUGCGGAGGUAUGAAGAAGUAGUUCAACUUUGUGAAAGCACAAUUGAUUUUGCUGGGAGGAACUUUACUGCUAUACAUUCCAAGGAUGACUCUGAAAAUAUGGAUGAUGUGAUCAUAUGGAGGUGGAUCCUAAUCUCCAAGUGUCAUUUUCACAUGGGAAAGCUUGAAUUGGCUCUUGAUGUGCUUGAGCAGAAUGGCUUAUUGAGAUGUAGUAAAGAUAGUGGCAUUUCCGAGUCAGUGAAUCCAUUGGUAGCCACUUUACACGAACUUCUUCAUCGCAAGAAUGCAGGGAAUGAAGCAUUUCAGUCUGGAAGACUUGGAGAAGCAGUAGAGCUUUAUUCUGCUGCUAUAUCAAGCAGUAUGGAAUCACGUCCAUUUGCAGCAAUCUGUUUCUGUAAUCGUGCUGCUGCUUAUCAAGCCCUUAAUCAAAUAAUUGAUGCAAUUGCUGAUUGCAGCCUGGCUAUGGCUCUUGAUGGGAAUUAUUUAAAGGCAGUUUCAAGAAGAGCUACUUUGCAUGAGAUGAUCAGGGACUAUGGGCAAGCAACCAAUGAUUUGAGGAAAGUCGUUUCCUUUCUGGAAUUGCAAUUGAAAGAUAAGACUAAUCAAUCUAGUGCCUCUGGCGAAACAAUCAAUCGUAGGAAAGAAUUGCGUCAAGCACAUCGCCGACUUGUCUCGCUGGAAUUAAAGGCUAAAAAAGGAAUAUCUCUGGACCAUUACCUAAUCUUGGGGGUUAAAGAAUCUGAUACAUCAUCUGAAAUCAAGAAGGCAUACCACAAAGCUGCACUUAAACAUCACCCAGACAAGGCUGGUCAAUUCCUUGCAAGAACAGAAAGGGGGGAUGAUGCUAAACUUUGGAAGGAAAUUACAAAUGAAGUCCAAACUGAUGCGGAUAGACUUUUUAAAGUGGUUGGAGAAGCAUAUGCAGUACUCUCUGAUUCUCAAAAGCGUACUGAAUAUGAUCAUUCGGAGCAACUGAGAAAGUCUAAACACGAGAGCAAUGAUUUAGGAUCUUCUAGAAACGAUUUUUGCAGUUCCCCUCAGUAUAGGAAAAGUCCGGACUGGCAACGAUGGCAGGAGGCUACAUACAGAAAACCACAUACUAGGUGGUGAAUGCAAAAAAACAAAAAAGUAGACAGGAAGGAGUAAAGGUUUUUUCGGUUUCAUACUUAAGCAGGCGAUAUCCUCUUUUGCCUACAAACAAACCAACCCUAAACGGCUUCAUCAAGAAGGCGUUUCUAUCGGAUUUUUUUUUUGUUAGAAUCUACAGCAGCAGCAUUGAUUAUCGCCUUUGUUACCUUUGAAUAAACAUAUUUUGUUCUUACUUUAUUACAUGUUUAUCCUUUUUAGGGAAAUUUUGAAAUGAAGUUAAACUAACCAAGUAUAAGGGAUAAUUAUUCCAUCUUUUUCUUGUUCACAAGUUCAGUUUAAAACAUUUGUUUUGUAUUUUGUUAACUGACAAGUUUUUAUC